GUGAGCCUGUGACCUAUCAAUUCAAAAAGUGAAGUUAUCAAACGGGAACGGACAAACGAUUCCUCACGAACAAAACACCUUUUUUUCCCCUCUAAAUUUCAUCAUCAUCGCCACCUUUAAUCAGCACGACGCGGCCGGACGCGGCUCUUUACACAUUGUCCAAACGAUUCCUCUCAACCAAAGCAACGCCGCGGCCACCUCUCUCAUCAUCGCCCGCCUCUCAUGUCGGUCAGCAACAACAUCACCGCUUUCCUCAACUUCCUGGCCUUCAUGUGCUCCAUUCCGAUCACCACCGCCGGAAUAUGGCUCGCAUUCAAGCAGGGCAACGAGUGCGUCCACUGGCUCCGGUGGCCGAUCGUCAUCAUCGGAGUCUCCAUUAUGCUCGUCUCACUCACCGGCUUCGUCGGCGCGCACUGGAAGAGAGAGGGGCUUCUCAGCUUCUACCUGGUCUGUAUGGCCAUACUCAUCGUCCUCGUGCUCUUUGUCCUGGUUUUCGCCUUCGUCGUCACCCGUCCUAGCGGCGCGUACGGUGUACAGGGGACCGGGCGGGGCUUCGCUGAGUACCGGCUGGAAGGGUACUCUUCUUGGCUGAGAAACCAUUUUACGAGUUCGGAUAAUUGGGAAAAGAUUAGGGCGUGUUUGGCUGGUGGGAAUAUGUGCCGCAAACUUAAUAGCCAGUACUUCACUGUCGAUCAGUUUUUUGCCGCUAAUCUCUCUCCUCUUCAGUCAGGCUGUUGCAAGCCUCCAAGCAUUUGUGGGUACCAGUACGUGAACCCGACAGUGUGGAGCAAUCCAGCCAAUGUCGCAGCGGAUCCAGACUGCUCGGAAUGGAAUAACGACUCCAGCCAGCUGUGUUAUGACUGCAACUCUUGCAAGGCUGGUCUACUGGGAAGCCUAAGAAGAGAGUGGAGGAAAUCCAAUCAGAUCUUGAUCAUUGCUGUGGUGGUUCUGAUUACAGUUUAUAUCAUUGCCUGCAGUGCUUGCAGGAACGCCCAAACUGAAGACAUUUUCCGCGGGUACAGGCAUGGUUGGGCAUGAAUGCAUGAUUGGAUUCACAAUGCACAUUUUCAUGGAAGUUUUUAAAGAACGAAAAAUCAUACUCUGUAUACUUCUCUCAGGUUUGGUGCAGCAUUUCUUCACUUUUGGUGCAUUUUUCUUUUUCUGUAACCUUGUACAUUGUAUAUAUAUUCUGUGUGUAACCUUGUACUACAUAAAUGGAAUGGGUUGUGGGCAUUGAAGGAAAGCCAGCUUUGGUAAUUUCACACUUUCACUUACUACUCUUUUCACAUUUCUUAUCUCUUAUCACUUUGAUUACUUAGUUUAUUCGGUG